AUGUCAACUAAAAAGAGUAUACAAAAUAAAAAAAAUGUUUUAGCAUCUGGGUCUAAGAAACCAGCAUUAAAAUCAAAGAAAUCAACUUCAACCACCACCACCAUAACAACAACCACCAACCCAACAACAAUCGAAUCACCAAAUACUACCACCGUCAUUGCAACCAAAGGAAUUAAAGCAAGAGUCGUCGAUGCUACAGAGUCAAACGAUAGCACCACCGGUUCAACUUUGUCUUUCAAAGUUGGUUUGGCGCUGACCAGCGACGGUUGCUUGGCAAAGCCAAUUCUGAAAAAGAAAGUUGCAAAGGCAGCUGCUGCCUCUGCCAAAGACAAGAAGAAACUCUCUGAGCAAAAGCAAGAGAAAAAGAAUGUUGUCUUCCAACUCGAGAGAAAUCAAACUCAACUCUUCAACAAAUUGAACAACGUUUCGGAAAUUAAGCCUGGCUUGCCUGUUGCCCAAGCAAUUAAAUUAGCACCACCAACCCCUAAAGUUGUUGAAACUAUACCAACAACAACUACCACCACAACUACCACCAACACCAAUGACGCAAACGAAUCUGUAAUUACUGACACCGAACAACAACAACAACAACAACAACAAACAUCCAUCGCCACAACCACAAUACCCACCACAUCUAAUAAAAAGAAUAAAAAAGUGGCAGCAAACAAAGCUCAACCAACUGAAGAACAACAACAACAACCAAAAGAAACUCAAAUCCAGACAAAAAGUGAAGAACAACCACAACCCAAAAGUAAAAAAAGAAAUAAUAGUAAUAAUAACAAUAGCAAUACUACUACUAGCGAUAAUAGUAAAGCUGUAGAGGAAGAAGCUUCAGUAGUUCCAGAGAUGAAAGAUGUAAAAAAGUCGAAAAAUAACAAUAAUAAUAAUAAUAGUAAACAACAACAAAAGGAAGUAGCUGUUGUUGCAACACAAGCAACAAACGAAAAGAAAGAGGAGAAGAAAGAGGAGAAGGUUGUUGUCGAAACUACUGCUAUCGAAGUAAAGGAAGACAAGAAGAAGGAAAAGAAGAAGGAACGUGAUGUUAUCAGUGGUUUCAAUGUGUUGCCAGUAAAGAUACCGGGUACAUCUAUCACAAAGUAUAUCUAUUACAAGAAGGAGACCUCCAAGAAGUGGCCAGUCAACAAAACUCUUUUCGUUACAAACCUGCCGCACAACUGCAGUUCUUUGUUGGAUCUUCAAGUGUUGUUCCAAUCGACCGACAUUGAGUCAGUGCAAUAUGGAGGUGCUGCUGCUGCCGCCGAUCAACAAAUCGUACCAGAGUCAGAGUCUAGCUCUACCACCGUUGCUCACGUCAUCAUGAAGUCUGCGCAAUCACUCACCGACCUAUUGAAAUACUUGAACAUCAUUGACAUUAAGCUACCAACUUCAACAAGCGAUGGAUUGGAUGAAAUGUUAAAUGAAGAAAAAUCAAAGAUUAUCAAAGACUUUGAUGAGUUACAAAUUAAAUUAGACGACGCUAUGAUGGAACACGACAAGAGAAUGUUGUUGGAGAGACACAACCGUAAAGAUAUGCAAGGUGUACCAGAUGAAGAUGGUUUCAUUCUCGUCACUGGAAACAACAAGACCUACAAACCAAUUACACAAGAGGAGUACAAGAAGAAGGAAGACGCAAAGAAACAAAAGAACUUUUAUUCAUUCCAACAAAGACAACAAAAGAAACAAGAACUCGAUAAUCUCCGUAAGAAAUUCGAAGAAGACAAACAAAAGAUUGCCAAGAUGUCUGCCAACAGAAAGUUCAAGCCAUACUAA